GCGGGACCCGCCCUGGCCAGUGAUUGAUCACCAAACAUCACUGUGGCUUUAAUGGUCCGCUUGGAUGGAAAUUAAUUCUGGAAUGGAUAAAUAAUGCAUCAGGAUUUAUGUAGUCCAAAGCAAGCCGGAGCCAGGAGAGAGAGCCGAGGGGGUGACGCCAGUGGCCCCCGGGGCUUGAAAGAGCUAGGCAUGAAGGGCCACUGGCCAAGAAGAAGAGAAAAGGGAAGCGGAUGGCAGCAUGAUCGGCCCAGCGAGUCUGGCCAGGCGGCUGCAGCAUGCUGAGCCCAAAGAUCAGACAGGCCAGGAGGGCUCGCUCCAAGAGCCUGGUGAUGGGGGAACAGAACCGGAGCCCAGGGAGGCCCCCGGCCCCCCACAAGCUGGGCCCUGUACUCAAGGCCGGCUGGCUGAGGAAGCAGAGGAGCAUCAUGAAGAACUGGCAGCAGAGAUGGUUCGUGCUACGUGGGGAUCAGCUCCUCUACUACAAAGACAAAGAUGACAGCAAGCCCCAGGGAUUUAUUUCUCUACAAGGGACACAAGUGAACGAACUCCUUCCAGACCCUGAGGACCCAGGGAAACACCUGUUUGAGAUCACUCCAGGUGGUGCCGGGGAGCGGGAGAAGGUGCCAGCCAACCCUGAGGCGCUCCUGCUCAUGGCCAGCUCCCAGCGUGACAUGGAGGACUGGGUGCAGGCCAUCCGACGUGUCAUCUGGGCCCCACUGGGCGGAGGGAUCUUUGGGCAGCGGCUGGAGGACACAGUACACCAUGAGCGGAAGUAUGGUCCCCGUCUGGCACCUCUGCUGGUGGAGCAGUGUGUGGACUUCAUCCGGGAGCGAGGACUCAGUGAAGAGGGCCUCUUCCGUAUGCCCGGGCAGGCCAACCUGGUGAGGGACCUGCAGGAUUCCUUCGACUGUGGGGAGAAGCCUCUGUUUGACAGCACCACAGACGUGCACACAGUGGCCUCCCUGCUGAAGCUCUACCUUCGGGAGCUCCCAGAGCCAGUCAUCCCUUUCGCCAGGUAUGAGGACUUCCUCAGCUGCGCCCAGCUGCUCACCAAGGACGAGGGGGAGGGGACUCUGGAGUUGGCUAAACAAGUGAACAACCUUCCUCAGGCCAACUACAACCUGCUCCGAUACAUCUGCAGGUUUCUGGAUGAAGUGCAGGCCCACUCGAAUGUCAACAAGAUGAGCGUCCAGAACCUGGCAACAGUCUUUGGCCCUAACAUCCUUCGGCCUCAGAUAGAGGAUCCAGUGACCAUCAUGGAAGGCACGUCUUUGGUUCAGCAUCUGAUGACUGUCCUCAUCCGCAAACAUGGACAGCUCUUUACCGCAACCUCCCUCGAAGAACCUGCUUUACCACGUGGUACGGCCCAGAGCACAGUGGAGUGGGGCUCCGAGGAGGUCACCAGGGACCGCCAGGGUGAGCCUGGUAGCCCUGGCUUGCCCACACACAGGACCUCAUCUCUGGAUGGGCCAGCCGCAGCAGUUCUCUCCAGAACUUCUCCCCCACGCCUUGGCAGCCAGACUGGCUCAGCGGCCACCAGCCCUGGGAAGAGGAUGCAUACUUUGCCCGGCUGGAAGUCCUCCUUUCGGCAGGGGUCACGGUCAGAGAGCCCAAAGGGGGGCAGCUCGUCCUUAGAGGUACCCAUCGUCUCCUCCGGUGGGAACUGGCUCAUCAACGGGCUGUCCUCUCUGCGUGGCCACCGUCGGGCUUCAUCGGGGGACCGCCUCAAGGAUGCAGGCUCAGUGCAGAGACUCUCCACCUACGACAACGUGCCCCCAUCCAGCCACUUUCCUAGCACUGCCAGCAUGGCCAGCAUGGCGUGGUCUGCAGCCUCAUCCUCCCGAGAGGCCUCCAUCAGCAGCUGCACGGCCUGCCGGGCCAGUGACUCUUCCGCCUGCAGCUCCUUACACACCGAGUGGGCUCCUGAGCCCUCUCCCCUCCCCAGCAGCAGUGAGGACCACAGGUCACCAGACCUGGGCCACAGCCUGGAUGAGGCAUGUGCGGGCAGCGGCAGCAGUGACCCCAACGACCCGGGCAGCCCCCCACAGGCUCACGUCCGCCGCUGCCGGGCUCUCCAGGGCCAGGUGGCCGCGCUUAGGGCAGAGCUGUGUCAACAGAGGACUGAGUACGAGAGGAGCCUGAAAAGCAUCGAGGAGGGCAGUGCUGACUUGCGGAAGCAGAUGUCUCGUUUGGAAGAGGAGCUGGACCAGGAGAAGAAGAAGUACGCCAUGCUGGAGAUAAAGCUGCGGAACUCAGAGCGGGCGCGUGAGGACGCGGAGCGCAGGAACCAGCUGCUGCAGAGGGAGAUGGAGGAGUUCUUUGCCACCCUGGGAAGCUUGACUGUUGGGACCAAAGGGGCCAGAGCCCCUGAGUGAAGGGAGCAGAAAUACAUGUCUGUAUAUGUCCACUCACUCUCCCUGCAGGGCUGGCACGGGCUGCAGAGGAAGCCAGAAGCUUCAAGUUUGGGCCAGGCCACCAGCAGGGCCAUCUGCCCUCAAGCGCCAAAUAGAAAGAGCCUGACAGCCCACAGGGACUAUCAGGACCCCACAUAGUCCAGGCAGGAUCUGGAUGCUUCUCCAAAACUCUGGGUCCCAGCAGGUGUUAGAGGGGACAGUGCCAAGAUGAGCAUUAGCCCCUCAUCCAGGAAAAAUCCCCAAUGGCCAUCCAUAAGGACGGCACCUAAGGGCAGGGCCACUGCCAAGAACUUCACUCCUUAUUAAAUGUGCUCUGAAAGCAUGGUGCCUGUCACCAGCCUCAUUCUUCACGUCU